CGCAAAUUCCCACGAAAUUCUCGAGUCGAGUCCUCGAGGACAAGAGAAACAGCCGGGAGACGAAAUAAAAGUCACGGUGAAAGCAUUAACCUGAAGAAUUGUUCUCGGACCAACCAAAAAAAAAAAAAAAACCCAACUCACUCUGUUUGAAAAACUCUCAGUUAUAUCUUUUCCUUUUCGAAAAUCCAGUUUUCACUCCAAGUUCGUCCCAAUUGUUAGGGUCUCUUCCUUCCUCUUGAAGCCCUCGAGCGCUCAACGAAACAGCUGUCAGUUUCUGAGGUUGCUUGGUUUGAGCAUAAAACAGAGCAAGAAGUGGAGCUUACAGAGUCCUAUGUUGAGGCAUUUGUCUUUUCUGGAAACCCUAGAAUCAAUGAGAAAGCGAAAUUGAUUUCGAGACUGUACGGUUCUUGUCGUAGGAGCAGCGGAACUAGGGUUCUGUUCGCUCUCUGUUUACGCUGAUACAUCAUGAGUCCAGUUCAGAACUUCGAGCAACACUCUCGGCAUCUAGUCGAGCCCGACCUCCCAAUUCCGAACAGGCUUCAGAUGGCGAUGGAGGUUCGGGACAGUCUUGAGAUUGCCCAUACUGCCGAGUACUUGAAUUUUCUAAAAUGCUAUUUCCGGGCAUUCUCAAUGAUUCUUCUGCAAAUUACGAAGCCACAGUUCACUGACAAUCCUGAGCACAAACUACGAAACAUCGUGGUAGAGAUUCUCAAUCGUCUACCGCAUAGUGAAGUUCUCCGUCCCUUCGUACAGGACCUCUUGAAGGUUGCCAUGCAAGUGCUCACAACUGACAAUGAAGAGAAUGGCUUAAUCUCUAUCCGUAUAAUCUUCGACCUCCUAAGGAACUUCAGGCCCACGUUGGAGAAUGAAGUUCAGCCAUUCUUGGACUUCGUCUGCAAGAUUUACCAGAACUUUAAAUUGACUGUGAGCCAUUUUUUUGAGAAUAGUUCUGUGGUUGGGGAAGAUGUUAAGCCUAUGGAUACUUCUUCUUCGGAUCAACCCAUGAGUAAUGGGUAUAGUGGGUCCGUGCAACUUAACCCAAGUACUCGUUCUUUCAAGAUAGUUACAGAGAGUCCACUUGUAGUCCUGUUUCUUUUUCAAUUGUACAGUAGGCUUGUCCAAACCAAUAUACCUAACUUGUUACCUUUAAUGGUUGCCGCUAUAUCUGUUCCUGGUCCUGAAAAGGUUCCUCCCCAUUUGAAGACUCAAUUCAUUGAGCUAAAGGGUGCACAAGUUAAGACGGUUUCCUUUUUGACGUACCUGUUGAAGAGUUUUGCUGAUUAUAUUAGGCCACAUGAAGAAAGCAUAUGUAAAAGCAUCGUCAAUCUGCUGGUUACUUGUUCAGAUUCUGUAUCCAUCCGUAAGGAAUUGUUAGUAGCUUUAAAACAUGUUCUUGGAACAGAUUGCAAGCGGGGUUUAUUUCCUCUAAUUGACACUCUGUUGGAAGAGAGGGUUCUAGUUGGAACUGGUAGAGCCUGCUUUGAGACAUUAAGGCCAUUGGCUUAUAGUCUACUUGCAGAGAUUGUUCAUCAUGUUCGUGGUGAGCUUUCCUUGUCACAGCUGUCGCGGAUUAUAUACUUGUUUUCAAGUAACAUGCAUGAUGCUUCAUUGUCACUCAGCAUUCAUACUACUUGUGCCCGACUGAUGCUGAAUCUGGUGGAGCCUAUUUUUGAGAAGGGUGUUGACCAACCAUCUAUGGAUGAAGCACGGAUUCUAUUGGGGCGCAUUUUGGAUGCUUUUGUGGGGAAAUUUAGUACUUUCAAGCGUACCAUUCCUCAGCUGUUGGAGGAGGGUGAGGAGGGAAAAGAUCGGGCUACUUUAAGGUCAAAGCUUGAACUCCCUGUGCAGGCAGUUCUAAAUUUGCAGGUUCCAGUGGAACAUUCAAAGGAGGUCAAUGACUGCAAGCAUCUGAUUAAGACAUUGGUUAUGGGAAUGAAGACAAUCAUAUGGAGCAUCACUCAUGCACACUUGCCCAGAUCACAGGUUUCUCCUUCCACGCAUGGAACACACCCGCAGGUGCUUGUUUCACCAUCAUCUAAUGUACCUGCGCCUCAAGCUUUCAAAGGGAUGAGAGAAGAUGAGGUCUGGAAAGCCUCUGGUGUUUUAAAGAGUGGUGUGCAUUGCUUAGCUCUCUUCAAGGAGAAGGAUGAGGAGAGGGAAAUGCUUCAACUUUUCUCCCAGAUUCUGUCUAUCAUGGAACCUCGAGAUCUAAUGGACAUGUUCUCAUUGUGUAUGCCAGAGCUUUUUGAGUGCAUGAUUUGCAACUCUCAAUUGGUUCACAUAUUUUCCACGCUUUUGCAAACCCCUAAAGUGUACCGGCCAUUUGCGGAUGUUUUGGUUAACUUUCUUGUAAGCAGUAAACUUGAUGUUUUGAAGCAUCCCGAUUCACCUGCAGCAAAACUAGUAUUGCAUCUUUUUCGGCUUAUAUUUGGUGCAGUUGCCAAAGCACCUACAGAUUUUGAACGUAUUUUACAGCCUCAUGUCCCUGUAAUGAUGGAAGUUUGCAUGAAAAAUGCCACUGAGGUUGAAAGGCCUCUUGGUUAUAUGCAACUUCUUCGUACGAUGUUUCGUGCACUUGCAGGAUGCAAAUUUGAACUUCUGCUGCGGGAUUUGAUGCCCAUGUUGCAACCGUGUCUUAAUAUGCUUUUAACUAUGCUUGAGGGUCCAACUGGGGAAGAUAUGAGGGAUCUUCUGCUUGAAUUGUGCUUAACUUUACCUGCACGCCUAAGCUCAUUGUUACCUCACCUUCCACGUCUUAUGAAGCCUCUUGUUUUGUGUCUUAAAGGAAAUGAUGACCUAGUUAGCUUAGGUUUAAGAACACUUGAGUUUUGGGUAGAUAGUCUGAAUCCUGAUUUCUUGGAACCCAGUAUGGCUAAUGUUAUGUCUGAUGUGAUUUUAGCCCUGUGGUCACACUUAAGACCUACACCCUAUCCUUGGGGUGCAAAAGCUUUGCAACUCCUUGGCAAGUUAGGUGGUCGUAACAGGCGUUUUCUUAAAGAGCCCCUUGCACUUGAGUGCAAGGACAAUCCAGAGCAUGGGUUACGGUUGAUUCUUACAUUUGAGCCCUCAACUCCAUUUCUGGUGCCAUUGGAUCGAUGCAUAAACCUUGCUGUAGCAGCUGUUAUGAACAAAAGUGCCGGAAUUGAUUCAUUUUACCGAAAGCAGGCUUUAAAAUUUCUUCGUGUUUGCUUGUCAUCUCAGCUCAAUUUGCCUGAAAAAGUGAAGGAUGAUGGAUAUACAGCAAGCCAGUUGUCAAGCUUGUUAGUUUCGACUGUUGAUUUGUCUUGGCGCAGAUCCGAGACAUCGGAUAUAAAGGCUGACUUGGGUGUAAAGACAAAGACUCAGCUAAUGGCUGAGAAAUCAGUUUUCAAGAUUCUCUUGAUGACCAUUAUUGCUGCAAGUGCAGAACCUGAUCUUCUUGAUCCCAAAGACGACUUUAUUGUCAAUGUCUGUCGCCAUUUUGCCAUGAUUUUUCAUGUUGAUUCUUCCCCAACGGCUGCUUCUUCUGUGACUCCAGCACUAGGAGGUUCGAUGCUUUCAUCAAAUGUGAAUGUUGGUUCCAGGUCAAAGAAUAGCCUAUCUUCAAACCUCAAAGAGUUAGACCCUCUAAUAUUUUUAGAUGCUUUAGUUGAUGUGUUAGCAGAUGAAAACAGGCUCCAUGCCCAAGCUGCCCUUAAUGCUUUAAAUGUCUUUGCUGAAACACUUCUUUUUCUUGCUCGCUCAAAACAUGCUGAUGUGCUGAUGUCGAGAGGCCCCGGUACUCCAAUGAUAGUCUCUAGUCCAUCAAUGAAUCCUGUAUAUUCGCCACCUCCAAGUGUUCGCAUCCCUAUUUUCGAGCAACUUUUGCCCCGUCUUUUGCAUUGUUGCUAUGGAACUACAUGGCAAGCACAGAUUGGAGGUGUCAUGGGUCUUGGUGCAUUAGUUGGCAAGGUCACUGUUGAGACUUUAUGCCUUUUCCAAGUAAGAAUAGUCCGUGGCCUGGUGUAUGUUCUUAAAAGGCUUCCUGUUUAUGCCAGCAAAGAGCAGGAAGAGACAAGCCAGGUUCUCACGCAGGUUCUGCGUGUGGUCAACAAUGUUGAUGAAGCAAAUAGUGAACCACGCAGGCAAAGUUUUCAAGGAGUAGUUGAAUUCCUUGCUUCAGAGUUAUUCAAUCCUAAUGCAUCUGUUAUUGUGAGAAAGAAUGUACAAUCGUGCUUGGCACUUUUGGCUAGUAGGACUGGUAGUGAGGUAUCUGAGCUUCUUGAGCCUCUGUAUCAGCCUUUGCUGCAGCCUCUUCUAGUCCGUCCACUUCGGUCGAAGACUGUUGAUCAACAGGUUGGGACAGUUACGGCUUUGAAUUUCUGCUUGGCCCUGAGACCACCUCUUCUCAAGUUGACUCAAGAAUUAGUUAAUUUCCUCCAAGAAGCAUUGCAAAUUGCUGAGGCUGAUGAAACUGUAUGGGUUGUGAAGUUUAUGAACCCAAAAGUUGCCACUUCACUAAACAAGCUUAGAACAGCCUGCAUUGAGCUACUUUGUACGACAAUGGCGUGGGCAGAUUUUAAAACUCCAAAUCAUACUGAACUGCGUUCAAAGAUCAUUUCCAUGUUUUUUAAGUCUUUAACAUGUCGAACACCAGAAAUUGUUGCUGUUGCAAAGGAGGGUCUGCGCCAGGUUAUUAAUCAACAGAGGAUGCCAAAAGAACUUCUACAAAACAGCCUCAGGCCUAUAUUGGUUAAUCUGGCACAUACCAAGAAUCUUAACAUGCCUCUUCUCCAAGGCUUGGCCCGGCUGCUUGAACUUCUGUCCACUUGGUUUAAUGUUACCUUAGGAAACAAGUUGUUGGAACAUCUAAAGAAAUGGUUGGAACCUGAAAAACUUGCUCAGAGUCAGCGAUCAUGGAAGGCUGGUGAAGAACCAAAAAUUGCUGCAGCUAUUAUUGAGCUUUUCCACCUACUUCCAAUGGCUGCAUCAAAGUUUCUUGAUGAGCUUGUAAGCUUAACCAUUGAAUUGGAAGGAUCGCUUCCCCCAGGACAAGUAUUCAGUGAGAUCAACAGUCCAUAUCGUCUUCCUCUCACUAAGUUCUUGAAUCGCUAUGCAACACUGGCUGUUGAUUAUUUUCUUGCUCGACUAAGUGAACCAAAGUACUUCAGACGGUUUAUGUAUAUAAUUCGAUCAGAUGCGGGCCAGCCCUUGAGAGAUGAACUUGCAAAGUCACCACAGAAGAUUCUUACUAGUGCAUUUCCUGAAUUUGUGCCAAAAUCUGAUAUGGUAAUGACCCCGGGAUCAUCAACUCCACCCACAGCUCUAAUAGGUGAUGAAGGUCUUAUCACACCUCCGCCUGAUGGUUCUAAUCCAUCUUCUGUGGCUCCCUCUGCAACAUCAGAUGCUUAUUUUCGAGGACUUGCACUUGUUAAAACUUUAGUCAAACUUAUACCUGGCUGGCUACAAAGUAAUCGUGCUGUAUUUGAUACCUUAGUGCUUGUUUGGAAGUCGCCUUCCAGGAUAUCUCGUUUGCACAAUGAACAGGAGCUAAAUUUGGUACAGGUUAAAGAAAGCAAAUGGCUUGUCAAAUGCUUCCUGAAUUAUCUAAGACAUGACAAGACAGAAGUGAAUGUUCUUUUUGAUAUACUCUCCAUCUUCCUAUUUCAUUCUCGCAUUGACUAUACCUUUCUGAAGGAGUUUUAUAUCAUUGAGGUGGCUGAAGGUUAUCCACCUAACUUGAAAAAAGCACUUCUCUUGCAUUUUCUGAAUCUUUUCCAAUCCAAACAACUUGGUCUUGAUCACUUAGUGGUAGUAAUGCAAAUGCUCAUUCUUCCAAUGCUUGCUCAUGCUUUCCAAAAUGGACAAAGUUGGGAGGUUGUUGACCCAACUAUUAUCAAAACAAUUGUUGACAAACUUCUUGAUCCUCCUGAAGAGGUUUCUGCUGAAUAUGAUGAACCUUUAAGAAUUGAACUUUUGCAACUUGCCACUUUGCUUCUUAAGUAUCUCCAGAAUGACCUUGUCCAUCAUAGGAAAGAGCUAAUCAAAUUUGGCUGGAAUCAUCUCAAACGUGAAGAGAGUGCCAGUAAACAGUGGGCAUUUGUGAAUGUUUGCCACUUCUUGGAGGCUUAUCAGGCCCCAGAGAAAAUUAUACUUCAGGUUUUUGUAGCACUUCUUAGAACAUGUCAGCCAGAGAAUAAAAUGCUGGUCAAGCAGGCCCUUGAUAUACUAAUGCCAGCACUUCCACGAAGGUUGCCUCUUGUUGGGGAUUCCCGUAUGCCAAUUUGGAUAAGAUACACCAAAAAAAUUCUGGUUGAGGAAGGCCACUCGAUUCCUAAUUUGAUUCACAUUUUUCAGCUCAUUGUGCGCCAUUCAGAUCUCUUUUACAGCUGCAGAGCACAGUUUGUACCUCAAAUGGUGAAUUCUCUCAGUCGACUUGGAUUGCCUUAUAACACUACAGCAGAAAACAGGCGUCUUGCCAUUGAGCUUGCUGGUUUGGUGGUUGGUUGGGAAAGGCAAAGACAAAAUGAAAUAAAAGUAGUAACCGAUAGUGAUAUCCCUAACCAGAACAACGAGGGAUUUAAUCCUGGCCCUGCUGGUGCUGAUCCUAAGCGUUCUGUGGAUGGCACUACAUUCCCAGAAGAUUCAACUAAGCGUGUCAAAGUUGAACCUGGUCUCCAAUCCCUCUGUGUCAUGUCUCCUGGUGGUGCAUCAAUCCCCAACAUAGAAACCCCUGGACCUGCUAGCCAACCUGAUGAAGAAUUUAAGCCAAAUGCUGCUAUGGAAGAAAUGAUCAUCAAUUUUCUUAUAAGGGUUGCCCUGGUCAUAGAGCCUAAGGACAGGGAAGCAAGCACUAUGUACAAACAAGCUUUAGAGCUACUUUCACAAGCUUUGGAGGUCUGGCCAAAUGCCAAUGUUAAGUUUAAUUAUCUUGAUAAGUUGCUGAGCAGCAUUCAACAAUCUCAGUCAAAGGACCCUUCCACAGCUCUUGCACAGGGUCUGGAUGUCAUGAACAAGGUCUUAGAGAAGCAGCCGCACUUAUUCAUCAGAAAUAACAUCAACCACAUUUCCCAGAUUCUUGAACCGUGUUUCAAGUAUAAAUUGUUAGAUGCUGGAAAGUCAUUGUGCUCCCUCUUGAAGAUGGUCUUUGUUGCAUUUCCUCCAGAAGGAGCUACUACACCCCCAGAUGUGAAGGCUUUGUAUCUAAAGGUUGAUGAGCUGAUACAGAAGCAUAUUAAUACUGUUACAGCUCCUCAAACUUCAAAUGAAGAUAGCACUUCCAAUUCUAUUAGCUUUGUUCUGCUUGUCAUCAAAACUUUGACAGAGGUGCAAAAGAACUUCAUUGAUCCUUACUUCUUGGUUCGUAUCCUUCAACGCUUGGCCAGGGAUAUGGGAUCAUCUGCAGGUUCUCAUUUGAGACAGGGUCAGACAAAAGAUGCAGAUUCUGCUGUUACCUCUUCUCGUCAAGGUGCUGAUGUCGCAGUCAUCUCUAAUCUAAAAUCUGUACUGAAGCUUAUUAGUGAGAGGGUCAUGGUUGUUCCUGAAUGUAAACGAUCCAUAACUCAAAUAUUGAAUGCCUUGCUCUCAGAGAAAGGUACUGAUGCUAGUGUGCUACUUUGCAUACUUGAUGUGAUAAAAGGUUGGAUUGAAGAUGACUUCAGCAAGCCAGGCACGUCAGUCAGUUCAAGUUCUUUUCUCACUCCAAAAGAAAUAGUCUCAUUUCUUCAGAAACUUUCUCAAGUUGAUAAGCAAAAUUUCUCUCAAAAUGCCCUGGAAGAGUGGGACAGGAAGUAUCUUCAGCUUCUUUAUGGAAUAUGUGCUGAUGCAAAUAAAUAUCACCAAUCCUUGCCACAAGAGGUCUUUCUGAAGGUGGAAAGACAAUUUAUGCUUGGUUUACGGGCAAGAGAUCCUGAAAUUAGGAUGAAAUUCUUCUCACUUUAUCAUGAUUCUCUUGGGAAAACAUUAUUCACAAGGCUUCAGUACAUUAUUCAAAUUCAGGACUGGGAAGCCUUAAGUGAUGUCUUCUGGCUCAAACAGGGCCUUGAUCUUCUUUUAGCAAUUUUAGUUGAAGAUAAACCUAUUACACUUGCUCCAAACUCUGCAAGGGUACCACCACUUGUGGUUUCAGGUCCUCUUCCAGAUUCUUCUGGGAUACAGCAGGUCACUGAUGUUUCUGAUGGUCCUGAGGAUGCUCCUUUAACAUUUGAUGCUCUUGUUCUUAAGCAUGCACAGUUUCUGAAUGAGAUGAGCAAACUAAAGGUUGCUGAUCUUCUUAUUCCAUUGAGAGAGCUGGCUCAUACAGAUGCUAAUGUUGCAUACCAUUUAUGGGUGCUGGUGUUUCCCAUUGUAUGGGUUACUUUGCAUAAGGAAGAGCAAGUGCAAUUAGCUAAACCAAUGAUCACUCUCCUAUCAAAAGAUUAUCAUAAGAAGCAGCAAGCAAAUAGACCAAAUGUUGUUCAAGCACUUCUAGAAGGACUUCAGUUGAGCCAUCCUCAACCUAGGAUGCCAAGCGAGCUCAUUAAAUAUAUUGGGAAGACUUAUAAUGCAUGGCACAUUGCAUUGGCCUUGCUGGAAAGUCAUGUUAUGCUGUUCACGAAUGAUUCAAAAUGCUCCGAGUCUCUGGCUGAGCUUUAUCGUUUGCUCAAUGAAGAAGAUAUGAGGUGUGGACUGUGGAAGAGAAGGGUGAUAACUCCAGAAACAAGGGCUGGACUUUCACUAGUUCAGCAUGGUUACUGGCAACGUGCUCAAAGUCUCUUUUACCAUGCAAUGGUUAAGGCAACUCAAGGCACAUAUAACAGCACAGCAACAAAGGCGGAGAUGUGUCUUUGGGAAGAGCAGUGGCUUUACUGUGCUACUCAACUUAGUCAAUGGGAUGCACUGGUUGACUUUGGCAAGAGUAUUGAGAAUUAUGAAAUCCUGCUUGACAGUCUUUGGAAAUUGCCCGAUUGGUCCUAUAUGAAGGAUCAUGUAAUUCCAAAGGCACAAGUAGAAGAAACGCCAAAGCUUAGACUCAUUCAAGCAUUUUUUGCUCUUCAUGAGAGAAAUACAAAUGGUGUGGGGGAUGCUGAAAACAUAGUGGGGAAAGGUGUUGAUCUUGCUUUAGACCUGUGGUGGCAGUUACCAGAGAUGUCUGUUUAUUCCAGAAUCCCUCUGUUGCAGCAAUUCCAACAGUUAGUUGAAGUUCAAGAAUCAUCACGAAUUCUUGUGGACAUUGCCAAUGGAAACAAACCAUCUGGAAAUUCUGUUGUUGGUGUUCAUGGAAAUCUUUAUGCUGAUCUUAAGGACAUUCUUGAGACUUGGAGGUUGAGAACUCCAAAUGAAUGGGAUAAUAUGUCUGUUUGGUAUGAUUUGCUCCAAUGGAGGAACGAAAUGUAUAAUUCGGUCAUCGAGGCAUUCAAGGAUUUUAGCACGACAAACCCACAACUUCAUCACCUAGGUUAUCGCGACAAAGCAUGGAAUGUUAAUAAGCUUGCUCGCAUUGCUCGUAAGCAAGGGCUUUAUGAUGUUUGUGUGACAAUACUUGAAAAGAUGUAUGGCCUUUCAACCAUGGAAGUGCAGGAAGCCUUUGUUAAGAUAAGAGAACAGGCAAAAGCUUAUCUGGAAAUGAAAGGAGAGCUUGCCAGUGGUCUUGGUCUGAUCAACAGCACUAAUUUAGAGUAUUUUCCUGUGAAAAACAAAGCAGAAAUCUUUCGUCUAAAGGGGGAUUUCUUUCUAAAGCUAAAUGACUCUGAAAGUGCCAAUGCUAGUUACUCCAAUGCGAUAAGCCUAUUCAAAAACUUGCCCAAAGGGUGGAUAAGCUGGGGAAAUUAUUGUGACAUGGCUUACAAAGAAACUCAUGAAGAGAUUUGGUUGGAAUAUGCUGUCAGCUGCUUUCUUCAAGGCAUAAAAUUUGGCAUAUCUAAUUCAAGAAGCCAUAUGGCUCGUGUUUUAUAUCUCCUUAGUUUUGAUACUCCCAGUGAACAUGUGGGGAGAGCUUUUGAUAAGUAUUUUGACCAAAUUCCCCACUGGGUUUGGCUUUCAUGGAUUCCACAACUCUUACUCUCCUUGCAGAGAACAGAGGCUCCCCAUUGCAAACUUGUUCUACUAAAAAUUGCAAAUGUGUAUCCACAGGCUCUAUAUUACUGGCUGCGCACAUAUUUGCUUGAACGGCGUGAUGUUGCUAGUAAGUCUGAAGCUGGUAGAAUGGCAAUGGCUCAACAGAGAAUGCAGCAAACUGUCUCUGGUGCCAAUGCCGGUUCUAUUGGUUUAGCUGAUGGAAAUGUAAGAGUACAGGGUCAUGGUGCGGGUGCUUUAUCCUCAGACAAUCAAGUUCACCAAGCCACUCAAUCUGGUGAUGGUGGGAACUCUCAUGGGCAAGAACCUGAAAGUUCCACGGGUGUGGAUAGCAGUGUGCAUCGAGGGGUACAUGCAGGGAAUGAUCAAUCUAUGCAACAAAGUUCUUCAAGCAUAAAUGAUGGUGGUCAGAGUGCAUUAAGGCGUUCUGGUGCUUUAGGUUUGGUAGCUUCUGCUGCCAGUGCUUUUGAUGCUGCAAAGGAUAUAAUGGAGGCUCUUAGAAGCAAGCACACAAAUUUAGCUAGUGAACUUGAGGUUCUGCUCACAGAAAUUGGUUCAAGGUUUGUCACUUUGCCAGAGGAGAGACUUCUUGCUGUGGUUAAUGCACUGCUUCACCGUUGCUACAAAUACCCAACUGCCACUACAGCUGAGGUUCCUCAAUCUCUCAAGAAGGAGCUUUCUGGUGUUUGCAGAGCUUGCUUCUCAGCGGAUGCUGUGAAUAAGCAUGUUGAUUUUGUAAGAGAGUACAAGCAGGAUUUUGAACGUGAUCUUGAUCCUGAAAGUACAACUACUUUCCCAGCCACCCUCUCUGAACUGACUGAGAGAUUGAAACACUGGAAAAAUGUUCUUCAGAGCAAUGUUGAAGAUAGGUUUCCAGCUGUCUUGAAGCUGGAAGAAGAAAGCAGGGUGUUGCGUGACUUCCAUGUGGUUGAUGUUGAGGUUCCAGGACAGUACUUCAUUGAUCAGGAAAUUGGGCCGGACCAUACGGUAAAGUUAGAUAGGGUUGGAGCCGACAUUCCAAUCGUGCGACGACAUGGAAGUAGUUUCCGCCGUUUGACUCUUAUUGGCUCUGAUGGCUCACAACGACAUUUUAUUGUUCAGACAUCUUUGACUCCAAAUGCUAGAAGUGAUGAACGCAUUUUGCAGCUUUUCCGAGUGAUGAACCAAAUGUUUGAUAAACACAAGGAAUCAAGACGCCGUCACAUAUGCAUUCACACCCCCAUCAUUAUUCCUGUUUGGUCGCAGGUCCGCAUGGUAGAAGAUGAUUUGAUGUACAGCACCUUUCUUGAGGUAUAUGAGAACCAUUGUGCAAGGAAUGAUAAAGAAGCUGAUCUUCCGAUUACCUAUUUCAAAGAGCAAUUGAACCAAGCUAUUUCAGGCCAAAUCUCACCGGAAACUGUUGUGGAGCUACGUGUCCAAGCUUAUAACGACAUAAUCAGAAAUCUUGUAACUGAGGGCAUCUUCUCCCAGUACAUGUACAAGACUCUCUUAAGUGGCAACCAUAUGUGGGCUUUCAAAAAGCAAUUUGCCAUCCAGUUGGCCCUCUCAAGUUUCAUGUCUUUCAUGCUACAAAUUGGGGGAAGGUCCCCAAAUAAGAUUUUAUUUGCGAAGAACACAGGAAAAAUAUUCCAAACAGAUUUUCAUCCUGCUUAUGAUGCAAAUGGAACAAUAGAGUUUAAUGAACCAGUGCCUUUCCGGUUAACUAGGAAUAUGCAAGCUUUCUUCUCCUACUUUGGAGUGGAAGGCCUUAUUGUCUCGGCAAUGUGUGCUGCAGCGCAGGCUUUAGUUUCACCUAAGCAAAGUCAGCACCUGUGGCAUCAGCUAGCCAUGUUUUUCCGUGAUGAGUUGCUGUCUUGGUCUUGGAGAAGACCCCUUGGAAUGCCUAUGGCUCCUAUUGCUGGAGGGAGCAGUAUGAACCCUGCUGAUUUUAAACAAAAGAUCACUACCAAUGUUGAACAUGUAAUAGGACGUAUCAAUGGAAUAUCCCCACAGUACUUCUCUGAAGAGGAGGAGAAUAUUGUGGACGGGCCGCAGUCGGUGCAAAGGGGAGUCACUGAGUUGGUUGAAGCAGCCCUGACCCCGAGGAACUUGUGCAUGAUGGAUCCGACAUGGCAUCCUUGGUUUUGAAUCUAGCGAGCAUGUAGAGAGAAAACCUAACCGGAAUCUUACUUAUAGGGAAUAGCAGUUUUCUUUUUGUAGAUAUUAUUAUGUACAUAUUGAUUAUUGAACGUGGUUGUCUAUGUUCUUGAUUCUGACACCCAAAUCGAAAUUAGAUGUAAAUUGGGUGUCAAAAGUAAAUGACUUUGUUAUGUUAUAAAAUUGUUUGUCGUAUAAAAAAAAUAUUCUUACA